UUGAAGAGGCUUUUGCUACAUAGCCAACGUGUGUAUACGCGCAAGAAUCUGAACGUGAUUGCAGCUGAUAGAAAGGAGCUACAUAGGUCGUCACGCUAUGUAAUCGCGGGCACAUCAUUCUACUUUGAAUGCAGCUACUUCCAUUUCUGCAGAAAUAUAUGGAAAAUGGCAAUGCUGUUUGAGGAAGAUCUCUUUGAACAGACAGGACAGUAUGAACCACUCACAACUCGAAUUCGAACUUUACUCCGUGAGUACAAAGAUGGCGUCGGUAUUUUUAAAGAAUUGAUUCAAAAUGCAGACGAUGCUGGAGCUACUAAAGUCAAGUUUUUGGUGGACUGGAGAAAAGGAAGAACGAGGAGUCUUUUCUCCCCUGGCAUGGCUGAAUGCCAAGGACCUGCAUUGUGGGCUUACAACGAUGCUGUGUUUACUGACGAUGAUUUCGAAAACAUCAACAAGCUUGCAGGAGAAACGAAAGUCGAAGAUAUUUCAAAGAUUGGUAGGUUUGGCCUUGGUUUCAACGCCGUCUAUCACCUCACAGACGUUCCUAGUUUCAUCAGCCGAGAACACUUGGUGGUAUUUGAUCCGAACACUCGCCAUUUACAACGUCACAUUAAGGACAGAUCCCGUCCUGGAAUCCACAUCAAUCUUUCCGAGAAACCAGAGUCCCUAACACGUUACCAGGAUCAGUUUCAGCCAUACAAUGGCGUCUUUGGUUGCAACACAACGGAAACACGUGAAGAAUUCUACUACGACGGAACAUUAUUCCGUUUCCCCUUCCGCACGGCCGCCCAAGCAAGAACUAGUGAUAUCAUCAAAACCUCUUAUGGUCGAGACAAGAUUCAAGCUAUUGUUCGUAGCAUUUGUGAGUGCGCCUCGAAUCUCUUAAUCUUCUCGCAACAUGUAAAAGAGGUAGAAAUCUUUAAAUUGGAUGGAUUAGACGAACCAGACGAAAUGCGAUUGGUGCUCUCUGUGAAGAAACCAAGUGUUAAGGUUGUCAGCCAGGAAGGCGUGAAAAGCAAAAAACCGUUUAUCAAACAGUGUUCCAAAUGGUGGAAAAAAUACCGUGAAUCUCAAAAGUCCUGUAGUGAAUUCCCAUCAAGUUGUGAACUUGUUAACAUUGUUACUACAAAGGAGCAAUCGGAAUUAAGCCGAUGUGAACGUCGAUACAGAAGUGAUCAAACUUGGCUUGUAGUUUCAACAAGUGGGACUAAGGAUUGCCUCAAAAUUGCUCGCUCACAAGAAGGGAAAGCUUGUGGUUUCUUGCCCUGUGGUGGGGCAGCGUUCGUCGUUUCUUCUAAUCAGAAUUCCAACCCAGAUCUUUCUGGGGAACUGUUCUGUUUUCUUCCAUUGUCUAUUACGACUGGGCUUCCUGUGCAUGUCAACGGCUUUUUUGCCAUCAUGUCUAAUCGCGUUGAAAUUUGGAAACGAUCGACUACAGGAAACCAACCCGUCGAGGUGAAGUGGAACGAAGCACUGAUGGAGGAUGCAUUAGCCAGAGCUUAUAUCAUGCUUCUUGAAAACAUGAAAGAUUGGAUCGGUAAGAUUAAGGAUUACGAAUUUUACAGUCUGUGGCCAAGCAGUGACACCGUUGAUAUGAAAUCUUGGGAGAAGCUAGUUCAGAAAAUCUGCAGUGUAUUGUUGGAUCCAAAAACGAAGUUAUUUUACAGCGAUGGACACUGGAUGAGUAUCGACGACGGUCUCAUAUUGAGCGAUGAUUUUACGGGAAUCUACAAGACAGCAGUGAAAGUAUUAACAUCACUAGGGAUACAUGUUAUAUACCUACCCCCUAAGAUAUUCAAGACUCUAGCGAAAUUCGACCAAGGUGGCAUCCUAAAACGACGCACUUUGUCGUUCACCCAGUUUAUGAAGUCCUACUUUUUUGCAAACAUCAAAACGCUCUCUCGUUCCCGAAGAGAUGCUAUCGUUUGCUUCGGUUUGGAUCGAAUUAUGAAAAAAGAUGAACCACUUUCAAGCCACUGUCUCCACGAAAUUGACCUUUUCAAAGCAAAUACCUGUAUUUCUGUAUCAGAAAAAGAAGAAACCCUAUCGAGGCCUUCUCAACUUAUCCACCCGUUCAGUGCUGCGGCGGGGUUGUUUUCCGAGCAAGAUCACCGUUUUCCAGUUGGACAUGGCCUGCGGACUGAAAACAGAUUGUAUGUUUUAGAAACACUUGGUAUGGUGAAGGAUCUUGAUUGGGCCGGAAUCCACGAAAGAGCUCAGUCGGUUGCCAAAACUAGAGAUCUCGAACGGUGUCGAAAGUUAAUAAUCUACAUUAACAAGCGAAUAGAUGAACUACCGUUAGAUCUACAUCGAAGUCUUCUUCAACAUGUGAAGUUUUUGCCAGUGUCGAACAAACCAGUUGGAACAUAUCUUCUACCUUGGAAAGGAUCAAUGACUUUCCCUUCACUACAGCUUUUUUCGUCAAGCGAAAUUUUCCUACCGAAGGAUGCCAAGCUUGUCGGAUCGUCCUGUCUUAUUGUAAACACAUCUAAGGAAAGCGGUUGUGGGAAGCUGAGUGAACAAGUGAAAAAGCUCCUGGGAUUUUCAAGCCGUCAUCCCGAAGAUAAGUUUGUUAUUCAACAGUUAGACGAAGCAAUUAAAUUUUGGAGCCGGUUAACUGAAAAUGGGAAAAAAGAGCCGGGAGUAAGGCUCGCAAUUGAGUCAAUCUGUCAGAAAAUAUACGAAUUCUUUAAUCAUAAGAUCGUAGAAAGUUCUCUGAGCGAGCUAAGUAAACGAAAUUGCUUGUUUCUUCAAGGCAAGUUUGUGCGAAGCAAUAAAGUAGCUUAUACGUCCAAAGGAAAUGGAGCUCCAUUUCUAUUCACCUUACCAUCCGACUACAAAAGAGACUAUCGCAUUCUUUUUGAAAGGAUGGAAAUCAAAGACACAUUUGAUGAUGAAGAUUACAUCAGCGCCCUUUACGAACUAGAAAACACGAAACGUGGAAGUGCUCUGAGUGGCGAUGAAUUACAAACUGCAAUAUUUUUUAUCGGUCAAAUAGAAGUACAAAAUCCCGCCGUGAAGGAUUACAUUGGUGAGAUUCCACUUCCGGACACUGAUAGCAUUCUCCGACGAAGCAAAGAUGUCGUGGUCAACCUGUGUUUAUGGCUUGAAGAUCCGGAAGAUGAUAUAAAGGUCCACGAGAAAGUACCACCGCAAACAGCCUAUGCUCUGGGAGCAAAAUCUUUGAAGAAUCGUAUACUGGAUGAUUACGCACUACCCAUUCGCUAUGGUGAGUCGUUCGAACAACAUGAAGAGCUAACCGACCGACUAAACGGAAUUCUUGAUGGAUAUCCUGCUGACGGAAUUUUGAAGGAACUUUUGCAAAAUGCUGACGAUGCUAAAGCCUCGGAGAUACAUUUUAUACACGACACUCGAUCUCUUGAACGUGAAAGAGUGGUGACAAAGUUAGAAACGUCCGCGGAAAUACAAGGUCCAGCACUUUGUGUGUACAAUGACAGACCAUUUAAGAAAAAAGAUCUCGAUGGGAUUAGAAAUCUUGGUAAAGGAAGCAAGCGAAAUACUCCAGAAAUGACGGGGAAAUAUGGAAUUGGGUUCAAUUGUGUUUACCACCUUACCGACUGUCCCAGCUUUUUAUCCAACGACGACACCCUUGUGUUUCUCGAUCCUCAUUCCCGAUAUUUUGAUCAUGAUCGUGGAAAGAUAUUCCAGUCGAUGGAUGCCAGAUUUCGAGAUAUAUACUCGAGUACACUCGACGGAUAUCUUGCUGACCAUUUCAAAUUAGAAGGUUGCACAAUGUUUCGUUUCCCGUUGAGAAGAAAACGAAAUGAAUCCAAGAUUUCCGCUGAGUCGCCGGACAUGGAAAAACUUUUCCAGACCUUCCAAAAGGAAGCCCAAAAGUCGUUGUUAUUUUUAAAUCAUGGUGAAUCAUCUUCCGACGAAGUAGAAACAUCUUCUGAGUCAGAACUGUCAUUCAUCGACGUAGACGAAUCAUCGUCCAACGAAGAAAGAUCAUCUUCGGACAAGGAAGAUUUAUACUGGGACAAUGAAGAAUCAGCAUCUGACGAAGAGAAGGAAGAAAUGUCCGAAUCGGAGGAAUCAUUCUAUGACAUAUCCGAAUCGUCUUUGAACAAGGAAGAAUCAUCUUCGGACAGAGAAUUGGAAACAUUCUCCGACCAGGAAGAAUUCUCCUCCACGAGGGAAGAAGCAAUGCGUGGCAUAGUGUAUUGCUUCUUGCCUCUCCCGAGAACUACACUACCAAUUCAUAUCAAUGGUCAUUUCGCUUUGGAUAGCACAAGACGUGGUCUUUGGACCGAAACUGAUGGGAAAGGAGGAAAAUGUGAAUGGAAUGACUUCAUGAAAAGCUGUGUGUUAGCUCCUGCUUACGCAGCUUUGAUCUUAGAAGCUCGUAAUCAUCUGUGUGAUGAUAAGAAUGACAGCCAACUAUCACGUUACCAUAAUUUGUUCCCGAGGGUUUCGAGCGAUUCUCCGUGGGAAGUCCUUACUACUCGAUUGUAUCGUUAUCUUGGACACACAAGUGCAAAAGUGUUGCCAUUGCUUGUUCCAACUGAGUCGGAAAAUGAUGCAAGUUGUGUCUUCGGCCAUGAGAUAUCGGUAAACGAUGAUACCGAGGAACCCAAUCUUCAAAGUUUUGCAUGUCAAAGUUGGCUCUCAGCUGACGAAGGAUAUUUCAAGGAGUCUACUGAAUUGAAGAAUGACUUUUUGCAUCUGUUAUUAAGAAUUGGACUGCCCGUGUUGCUGCGCGCCCCAAAGCGGAUAUACCGCAGUUUUGCAUCUGCUGGAAUAAGUUCGAAUCGGAUCAGACCUGCAAGCGUAAUUAGUUUCCUAAGAGAAUUUAAAUCACAAAGAUCCACUUGUGUGAUUGGAAAUCUUCCGAAAAAAUUAGAAACCACCCCAGUUAACAGUAUCGCUGAAUUGUCUGAGUUGGUAGAGUAUUGCCGGGAAGAUGACAAUUUUGACCAAAGACUAUCAGGCUUGCCUCUUCUUCUAACACAAGAUGGCUACCUUCGAGUUUUUCGACCAAACCAGCCUGUAUUUCUUUCAGAAUUUGGGGACCUUUUUCCAACUCAGGCGCACUUAUUUGUUCAUGCUGAAAUUGUCUGUCAAUUCCCGCGAAGCACUACCAAAGCAGAAGAGAAUGUUAUCCGAAAUUUUACAGUUGAAAACUUGGCUGGACUACUUCCGGGUGUGUUCACAAACAAUGUCUUAAGAGCUGUUGAAGAUGAUGGAACACAGGUUAGAUUGCCUAUCGAAAUGGCCAGUGGUUCCGACGACUUGUGGAAAGCUUGUGACGCUUCAAGACGCAAAAUAUAUUUUGGAUAUGCGCUUCUAAGGAAUGACGAAUCUGCUGAAAAAGAGAAAGUUCGCACGUUCUUGACUGAGCUGGAAUGUCCAGUACUAAACAAAAAGAUUACCCUUCGGAAAAAAGUUUUCAGGAAUACAGAAAACAUUGGUGCCAUAACUGAUUCUUAUGUUGCUCACCCUCAUAACGCGGAGGAUGUCUUGGUUGUGCUUUGCCACAUGUUGAGGUCAAACGAACUCGACAUUUCAAAAGUUUACGAAGACGAUAUUCGUAGCUUUCUUCGGUUUGUGCAAGAUAACUACAAAAGGUCAGGGAAUUUGGAAAAAUGCAGGGAAAUGGUAAAGGAUUUGCCGUUUCAUAAAGCAUUGGAUGGAAAUUUUGUGAGUUUGCUUGGUCACUUCUCCACUUAUGUCCUCGUUCCUCCUGGUGUCCCAACACAACAGCUACGUACACUUCAAAAUCGAGCGGAAUGUCUUUUCCUGAGCUCAGACGCAUUAUCCACACUCAAGGAACUUUACACAGAUCUUGGCGUUAGAGGCGGUCACAAUGUCACACAAUUUUACGUGGAGUAUGUCUUUCAAUAUUUCAAAAUUUUCACCAGAGAAAGUCAAAUAAAACAUUUAGAAUACAUCAAUGAGGAAGUAUUUCCGUCAUUGCCACAAGGUAAAUCAUCUUACAAAACCAUAUUCCUGAAGACUAUGAAAGAAACUCCUUGUAUUCCUGACGAAAAUGGGCACCUCUAUUUUGCAUCUGAUCUCUUCUGCCAACACAACGACGUGUUUGAAGCAAUGUUUGCAGACGAUCUCAAGAAAUUUCCUCCGCCGCCA